AUGAUGCAAGAUAACAAAUCGGAGACUGGGCAAGAGGUCCAAGAGACAGGACAAACAGUGCAUCACCACCAACAACCAUCUCUCAAAGACACUGGCUCGGGAUCUCCUCGUAGCCAGAACGAGCCUUUCUUCGAUGAUUCCCCCACGUCAACUAAGCCAACCAGGACUCAAGUGGCUCGGGAGAUCGUAGAAACAUACAACAGUUACAGAGAUAAGCGCAAGACAAAGGAUCUCAACUGGUGGGGAAGCAAGCAGCAUGAAGCCGAGAGGGGCAAUCCGGAUCGUGAUUUUCAGUUCGCACGGAACAUGCCAGUAUCAAACGACGACAUCAAGAGUAGACCCAACCCGCUAGGCCGUCACUUGCGACCUACAACACCUCCGAUGGAGAAAGCCGAGAAGCAGAUCAAAGGCCUGGAGGAACAAGGGGUUAAUGUAACUCCUGGUCUGAGAGAGGAAGUGGCUCAUCAUUAUACCUCCAACAACGGACUCCAUGCAGCUCUCUUGAUCUGGUGCAGGAACAAGAAGGAUGUCCCUGUUCAGUAUGUUAACGAGUACAUCAAGAGCAUGUCUCGACUGAAGCUCGAAAUGGCCACGCAGCAGCGUGACGUUACUGAGAAGCUAGGACAAGCCAUCAAAGAGUGUGAGGCAAGGGAGUCUCGCUGUCAGAAGCUGCAAGCUGAAAACUGCAAGCUCAAAAUGGAGAUACAAAGGCUCAAACAGGAGAAAGAGAAGACAGAUAUACAAGCGAGCCCUCUAGUAGCUACACAAGAUAUUCGCCAACUGGCUUUGUAUACUGACAUGACAGCAGUGGGCCAGGCGGAAGAGAAAAGGGCGCACCUUGGGGAUUCCUCAAUGCAAUACAACAAACAUUCUAUCCCGCCUCCAUCUACCGUACACCUGCCUAGUACCCCAUUAACCUCCACCAGAGAUACCUCUGAGUCUAAUCAGAGCCCACCCGUUACACCUGUAACCAAGGAAAGUUUGGAGAAGAGGCCCUGGUCAGCAGAAGCGGCAAAGUCCAAUACCACUCAGGAUGAUGCUUGCAGAAACAGGGCCAAGGAACUGGAGUUACAACUUCAAAACCUCAAAGAGGAGCUUCGGGCCAGUAACGGCGGUACGAGAGCCCAGGGAAAACCCAACUACACCACGGUUGAUAGCUUAGUCAAUGCAGUUCGGAACGAGAAUCAAGGAAUCUAUGACCAAGAAGAAGCACCGAACCUCGUGGACCGAAUCAACUAUCUAAAUUUGGUCUGCUUCUUCCGAACUCGUAACUAUCUUCAACUUGCUCUACGAGAGGGCGAUCAUAUAUUGGCAAAGAUUCUCCUGAAUGACGCUGACAAAUGGGUCAAGUCAUGCAAAGAGUUUCUCCGAACGAUGGAUCCAGAGGUCAAUCUACAAGUCGAAGGUUCUAUGCUAAUUCUACAUGGUAUGCGUCAAGUCUUAACUACCAAAGACCGGAGCGUGCUGGUCGAAGGGGUCAAAUACGUCAAGCAUGGACGUAAUGAACUCAGUAAGCUCACAAAGAGUGACUCUUUUGCGCAGCUUGUCCAACUUGCAGAUUCUAUGCUCCAUGCGACUAAGUACGAUGAGAAAGAGAAUAGUCUUGGUAUCAAAGGACUUCCGUUCAAUCCCUUCAGAAGAAAGAACAAGAGCCAAUACACCAAAAUUCAGGGGACUAUCAAGGACGGCCCGGCCAUGAAGGCAGAGUCUUUACGUCUCACGGGCGUCCACUCUCCUUUAUCUCCCCAGAAAUUUAGAAAGGACAGGUGA